AGAAAAAUAUCAGGGUUGGUGUGUAUAUUGGUUGCCGCUGAUACGGCGUAGUGUGUUCAUUCUCUCUCCCUCACCACCGUAAACCCUAAUUUGAAAAAUCCCUAAAUAUCUUCAUUUUUCUUCUUCUAAUCUUCUUCUUCUUCGUGUUUCACACUUUGCACAGUUACACCGUCAAAUUCUCUCUCUCUUUCUUUUCCAACGCGCUGGUGCUGGGAACUCUCCGAUUUUGUUUUCGAGUUAUCGCUGCUCGCGGAUAAAAUUCGCCUCGUUUUCAUCAAAUUCCUCUUUCGACACUGAAAUUGAACUUUACUUGUGCUUUUUUUUUUACUACAGUUUAUACAGAUAUACAUCAAAACUAAGUUCGUCAGCUUUCAACCUCAUGGCUGGAUUGUUGCUUGGUGAUGUCUCUCAUCAUGGAACUUCUCAAGGUGUUUCUCAAAGACACUCUCAAGAGAAACCAGAGGAUGGUUCAAGAUGGUACUUUUCUAGGAAGGAGAUUGAAGAAUACUCACCUUCCAAACAAGAUGGCAUAGAUUUGAAGAAAGAAACCUACCUACGCAAAUCAUACUGUACAUUUCUGCAAGACUUAGGCAUGAGACUUAAAGUACCUCAGGUAACUAUUGCAACUGCAAUAAUAUUUUGUCAUCGAUUCUUUCUCCGGCAGUCCCAUGCAAAGAAUGACAGGAGGACCAUUGCAACAGUAUGCAUGUUUCUUGCUGGGAAGGUUGAAGAAACUCCUCGCCCACUUAAAGAUGUGAUUCUUAUUUCAUAUGAAAUUAUAAAUAAGAAGGAUCCAGUGGCAAUUAUGAAAAUAAAACAAAAGGAAGUGUAUGAACAACAUAAAGAAUUAAUUUUAAUCGGGGAGAGGGUUGUUCUUGCAACUCUCGGUUUUGAUCUGAACGUGCAUCAUCCUUAUAAACCUCUUGUAGAGGCAAUAAAGAAAUUCAAAGUUGCUCAAAAUGCGCUUGCUCAAGUUGCAUGGAAUUUUGUAAAUGAUGGACUUCGGACAUCACUUUGCUUGCAAUUUAAGCCCCAUCACAUUGCAGCUGGAGCCAUAUUCCUUGCUGCCAAGUUUCUGAAGGUGAAGCUCCCAUCAGAUGGGGAGAAGGUCUGGUGGCAAGAGUUUGAUGUCACUCCACGCCAAUUGGAGGAAGUGAGUAAUCAAAUGUUAGAGCUGUAUGAACAAAAUCGGAUGCCACCUUCCAAUGAUGUUGAAGGAGGAGGUGGGACUUCCAAUCGGGCCACUGCAAAAGCUACAGCUAGUAAUGAUGAAACUGCAGCUGCGAAGUGUAAUUCCCAGACUGGAGGCACAAGUUCAAGACUGGAAAUGUCAAAGCCUGUGAUUGAUUCAUCAGUCUCAACUCAUGUUGGGCGCCCCAUAUCAAAUCAUGGUAGAAGUGGUGAUUAUGGGAGCACAGAAAUGAAACAUAGGGUGGAAGGUGAUGCCAAAGGCAAUCAACAUUCUGAGCGGGAAUCUCUACCAUUUAAGGGAAACUUACAUGAAGCUCAAGACAUGGUGAAAUCUCGAUCUGAUAAUGGUGAAAAGGAGCAUGAAAGCAAUGCUGGAGGGACUGAAACAAAAGAUCCUUCUGAAUUGAAAGAUAAACAUGGUAGCAGAAACCUAGAUCACAGAGAGGAUGCAUUCAUCCAGCCUCCUCAAGAAGCCAUUAAGAAAAUUGACAGGGACAAGGUAAAGGCUGCACUAGAAAAACGAAGGAAAGCAGCUGGUCAUAUAACUAAGAAAACAGAUGUCAUGGAUGAUGAUGAUCUCAUUGAGAGGGAACUGGAAGAUGGAAUUGAACUGGCUCCUCAGAGUGAGAAGAAUAAGGAUAAGAGGCAAAGCUGGUCUAAGUCCUCAGACAGAUCUGAAUAUGAGAACAUGCAUGGAAGACAUCAAGAUCAUGCAGAUGAGCAAUUUCAUGGAGUAAAGGGUUCGUCAUCAUAUGAACCGGAUCUAAAUGCUGUUGAAGAAGGGGAGGUAUCAGCACUCGAUGACAUGGGCGUAGGGCUUCCAUCACCCAAGUCAAGCAAUCGCAAGAGAAAAGCAGGAAGCUCCCCUGAAAGAGGAAUGGAGGGGAAGCAACGCCAUAAUUAUGGCCCUGGACCACCUCACCACAAUAAUCGUUUUGAUUAUGCCGAGGAUCGGAACAAGGUUAGUCGGCUAGGUCAUACUGAGAGGGACAGCAAAAGGCAUGUACAGGAAAAUCAUGUUUGAACUGUGUACCCAUGGCUGUGUGUGGACUAUUACCGUUCUAAAAUAUUUUCUGGAUGGAGACUCACUUCAUAGGAAAGAUCGUGGAAUGCUUUCCUUUCUGUUAUGAUGCAGCCACCUUAGCCUACCGUUAAAGCUGUCAGGUCUAGGAACUCUUAUUUGUUUGAAGGACUUGAAACAAAUUCAAUUUUGUUGGAAUGACCAAUUUCUUUUUCUCUAUAUAUGGGCAUAUGGGAAAAUUGUAAAAUAGAAAGAGAAGGGUUAUAUAGAUUAUAGUUGGACUUGCAAUGGAAGGGCCAUUUUCCCGCAAGAUAAUCCAUGAUUUUGAUGAUUCUCCCUUUGAAA